AUGGCUCCUGUGACAUCGGGCGGCGAGGUCGCCUUUGUAUAUGACAAAAAGGCUAAAGAGAAGGUCCGAAAAUGUGGAGGAAGCGCGAAACGCAAAGCCGUGCAGCUGGGCAAGGGUGCCCGAGUAUUUUCGGCCGUUAUCCAUUUCAAUCCGACCUAUGGAAAACUAGACGGGGCUGUGUACGUCCCCCAAGGCCAAAGUAUUCCCGACGUAAACCAGUUUCUUGCGGAACUCGCCAACGGCAUGCCUAGGAUCGGCGGCCAACGCAGGGCCACGCGCCGGGCCACACGCCGUCGACGGGGGGAAACUAUGACCCCUGAGUCCACUCACGCUACAUUGGAGACGAGCGAUAACAAAUUCGGGGAGCUCGCAGACAGUGUGACGGGGGAGGACGAUGCCAGCGCAGCUGAAGCCGCGAAUGCGAAUGACGAUGUCAAGGAAAUUGCGCACGAGGAGCCAGAUGCCCCCCACGACGUCGAAGCUAUCGACAGUUAUGUUGCCGAUUUCGGCGGCCUCGCGUUGGACGCCCAAAAAGACGACGCUGGUUUGGAUGAAGAUCCCAUGAACCCAGCACAACAUGAGUUGUCUACAGAAACGUGCCUGUUUAGUCAAAAUCUCAACGAAAUGACAGCGGAAUUCACCAUUAGUGACGCUAAUGUCGCGGGUGAGACCAACGCGGCCGAGGAGAUCUCUUUUAUGAGGUUGCUUGAGGUUGGCAUGCACGACAUGUUUGAUAUGGAUGCCGACAUAUCAACUUGCGAUAAUCUCACCAAUAAUAUUUGCCUGCCGACUUCUGGACCAGUUGACAACAGCGGGCAGGGAGAGUGCUCAAAAGAGUGCUCAAACGAUAACAUGACAGAUUGGGAAAUGGUGGAGAUGCAGACGACACUAGGCGCUACGAAGAUUGAAGAAACAGCAGACACCCACAUGGAAGCCCCUGGCCACGACACGAAAUCCCAGAAGUCGCUAACUGCUGCUGCUGCUGCGCGCGUCUGCCGACCCGCAAGGAAUACAAAAAAGAUUCACCGGUUCUUUUGGCAAGUGUCCCAGCAGAUUCGACAUGCGAGACGGCAGAGAGACCCUGAGAUGGGACAUAUCAGCCAGACCCGACUGGGUGUCAAAGCCGUCAGGGAAGUUCGAGCAACAGUUCAGAGCCGAGGGAAUCAGAGCAAAAGAUCGACUUGUAAUGCAGGAAUGCCACUACUAUUUUAA